GCCAACUUCUUCGACUCGCCUCGAGAACCUCACACGGUCGGAUGACUUUACGGUCUUUUUGAUACUCUAUACUCACUUAGAAGAAAAUAGAGGCCUUUGCAGUAUUACACAACACCAAACGCCUAAUAAUGCACCCUCCGUCUCCCCAACUUCUCCGCGCCUUGCGCACCUCUAUCUCCCCCAACUGCGGCGCCAGCGCAAUCUGCACACAACUCGCAUCUCGCUCAAUCUCCCCUCUCGCUCGGAUUACCCCCUCCACCCUCACUCUCCACCGCUACAACAGCAACGAUGCUCGCCCGACCCGGAUGAUCCCUCGUGCUCACAGCGCAAAGCCCUCCAGCCGAGACCGCGGCCCGCCGUCCAAGGAAGACACCCAGACGGACUUUGGUGCACUCAACGUGCUAGGCAAUAUCCCCGCCCCGACAACCGCUAUCGACGCUACUCUAGAUACGGGAUUUCAUCUAGACAAUGGCGUCAAGAUCACCGGUGGGAACGGAGUGUUCCUUGUUGGCGGAGAAGCCUUUGUCUGGCGGCCGUGGCAGGGUGCUGAAGCAGGGAAGAACAGUAUGGUCAAUCAGAAGGGCCAGUUUGAGGUCCCGGAGCAUGCGUGGGGAAUUUUGGAUCUUGUUUGGCCUCGUCCGGAUAUGUUGAUUAUUGGUAUGGGAGAGACUGUGUUUCCUCUGUCGCCGGAGACCAAGAGACAUAUCAAUUCUCUGGGAGUUCGGGUGGAAGUGUUGGACACGAGGAAUGCUGCUGCGCAGUUUAAUUUGCUGGCUACGGAGCGAGGUGUGUCGGAGAUUGCUGCGGCUAUGAUUCCGAUCGGUUGGAAGGGGAGGUAGAGUCUUUUUUGAGCUGGUGUCUGAGCGGUCAUAUUAGGGGUUAUUGGACCCUGGAUACUAUGGGGCUACCCGAUGGCUCGCUGUGAUAUUUUGGGGGUACCGUUGUGUAUGUUAUUGUUAUCUUGGGGAAGUCAUCUCCCUUUUAGAAUGUCCC